CGGUAAAAACAGUGAGCAAAUAUGGCGAACAUCGGUGUCGUUCGUUUACUCCAAAACACAAAUAAAUUAAAAUGUCAAUCGUUGCCCUCAUUAUUUAUGGUGUCCUCUAGAUAUUCCUCAUCAUGGGAACCUAAAGAUCAAGUAACGCACACUGGUCAGGUGUUUGAUCCUAACGAUUCCAGGCUUGCAAGGUUUGUUGAUAGACCAAAAUAUGUAAAUCCAAAUUGGGCUAUUAAUUUGAUUGAGGAAGUACCUCCUGCUUCUAAAAAAGCAAGAGUCGUUUCAUGUGAUGGAGGUGGUGGACCACUUGGACAUCCUAAAGUUUAUAUAAAUUUGGAUAAACCUGGUAACCAUGCAUGUGGAUAUUGUGGAUUGAGAUUCUACAAAGAUCAUCAUUAAAGAAACAUGUAAAAAGUCAGUAGUUCGAUUCAAAUAAUUACUGUAAAUUAUAAAGUAAAUAAUGGUUUAAUUUAAAUGUUAUAGAACAAAACCAAUCUUGUUAAUAAAGAAACUUCUUAUUUUAA